AUGUCUCGCUUCGUUGCUGCCGGCGGUGCUGAGCCGACAGCUCCAAGCGACGGUUCUAAAGAAGCCGCUCGCGAGGAUGCCUGGGCCCAAGCACAGAAGCAGCUUGAGGCGAUGCGUGCGAAGUCCAAGCCGCAGGCUGGCAAGCAGGAAGAUGGCAAGAGCCUGUAUGAAGUCCUGCAGGCCAACAAAGCGGCCAAGCAAGCCGACUUCGAAGAGCAGGCGAAGCUCAAGAACCAGUUCCGUGCCUUGGAUGACGAUGAAGUCGAUUACCUUGACUCCUUGAACCAAUCAUCACGAGCUAAAGAGAAUGCCGUCAGGAAACAAACUGCUGAGGAGCUGGAGGCAUUCCGCAAGCAGCAACAGCAGGCUGAAAAAUCAUCUGCGUCAGAAGAGCAGAGCCACGCUGACGUUGCUGCCGCGGAUACAUGGCGGACAAAGAAACGCCGAAAGAGGGAUACAGAUACCGCCAUCUCAAAACUUAGGAAGACCAACACAGAAUCAAAUACAUCGCCGCCGCCGGCGGCUGAUGUUGCGUCGGUCACCAGCAACACGAAGACAGCCUCGCCAACCAAGGAAGAAGAGACUUCUGCAGCCAGAAUUACGCCCAACAGCGGACUCGGUCUUGCUUAUGACUCGGACGACGACUGA